ACAUGAUUAACCCAAAGCUCUACCUUCCCUUUAUUCUUCUUUUUAUUUUUCACUUAUUCUCUCAUGUCUUGACACGAAAAAUAUCUGAGGGCGGAUUCAUAGUAUAUCCAAUGAGAUUAAAACCAAUUCCUGUGCCGACUCCGGGUUCACCUCCGCCGCGCCCCCCACCACCGCCUCCUGAUUGGCCGCCUCUUCGGCGGCGGCGUGGUCCACCUCCUCGGCGGCGUCCUGGUCCACCUCCUCGUCCUAAUUUGCUACCUUAUCAUACUGAUUUGUUGGGUUACCAUUCUAAUGCCUUUCAAGGGAUUAAGAAAAACCCUAUAUAUACGUCUCACCUAGUUGGUUACUGUCCUUAUUAUGAUUAUCAACCUUAUAUUCCUUUUCUGGUGCCUUCAACAACAAGCAAUCACUAUACUCAUACAUCUACCCCUCCUGCCUUAAUAAGCAUGCAAGAUACUAUUGGGGUAGAAUACUUUGACAAGGAUAUGUCGGAAACAAUUUUUUCAAGCAUCCAACAUUGUUGAAGGAUUUGGAAAGAGGACAAAGACAUGACCCUGCAUAUGUAGAUAAAUAUGAGGAUGAUGAACAUGAAGUGAGGCAUUCAGAAGUUGACUGGGAAACUUUCAUGUAUUUGCAUCCAAAACAUCUACCAUGACACAUAGCUAGAGUUAAAAAAAAAAAAAAAAA